CCCUCCUUAUCAAUAUUCUUCUUCUUCGACGUCUGCGACCUCCCAGAUGUCCCUGACCCGAGAUGACGACGAGGGCUCUCCUGGAGGUUGGCAACGUCCUUGCCAUCCUGACUUUCGUUGCCCACGCGUGGGUGCAGGACGAGACCUGCCCGCUGCGCACGUGGCAUCAGCACCUGUUCAGGCCGUACUGCCAAUUGCACGUUCUGAACUCAGCAGUGGUACGGCUGCUCGAGAUCAGGAACUACAUUCUGCGGCUGGAGCGGGAAGAGGUCCGCUGGCGCCUCGCCCAGCUCGAGGAGGCCAGCAGCGCCUUCCCCUCGCGCCCCCCCGCUGACCGCGGCGGCCUCGCGCAGCCGCUGCGCACCCUGCGCGACCAGCUGGUCCGCUGCGUCGACCGCGGCGCGCAGUGAGUGCCGCGCUGUGCGCCCCGCCGCCGGGGCGCCCCGC